CAUCUGCUUGGUCUUCCCCCCCCCGGCCACCCUUCGCUCCAUCCAUUCUGCCAACCCGGGGGCUUGCUGUCCAUCGUUCUGCCUCUUCCAGCCUUCCUUACAUUUUGUUUUUUCUCGCCUUCUUUCUUUCUUUCCUGCUGCUGCCAGAUCACCCGGAUCUCUCCCAUUCGCACUUGGCCCAGCCGACCUCCCAACCCCACUUCCCUCCGACAGCAAUCUCCCCUGUUACCCCCCCCCGGCUGGCGAUCGGCUCCUUAGCUCCCCCUCCAGAAACUCGGUUUACAUCUGUGCACAAUGUCUUCGCAUGUGGUGAAGCGUGGCUACACCUCUGUCAAGGAAGACGGUCUCCGAAGCUUCAUCUGGUCCAAGCGAUGGCUGCUGCUGAGGGAGCAGACCCUUUCGUUCCAUCGCAACGAGAACACAUAUCAAGCCCUGGUGCUGAUUUUCUUGAACGAAGUCGAGUCGGUCACCCGAACGGAUUUGAAGCCCUACUGCUUCGAGCUCGUAACCAAGGACAAGUCAUACUAUGUUGCCUGUCGCAACGACGAGGAGCUGUACUCGUGGAUCGACGAGAUCUAUCAACGGUCGCCACUCAUCAGCAUCUCCAACCCAACAAACUUUGUGCAUGAGGUCCAUGUCGGCUUCGAUCCUAUCAGCGGCAACUUUACGGGUCUUCCCACCGACUGGAAAACGCUUCUGGAGGCCUCAAACAUCUCGAAGGAGGAGAUGACGAAAAACCCGCAGGCUGUUUUGGAUGUACUGGAGUUCUACACCGAGAACAUGGGCAGCAAGCGGCGCGACGACCUCGAUAUGGGUCGCGACAUUCCCCCCAACGGCGUGCCUGUCCGCGAGGCUUCAAUGCGUCCCCCUCCCCAUCCCAGCCCCACCGAGUACACUUCACAGCAGGCUCCCCGGCCUCCGGCACACGCUCGUCCUCCUGUCGUUCCUCGUCAGCCUCAGCCGGCGAUCAACCAAGUCAACUACGAUGAUCGCGACUACCGCGACCGAGAGCGAGAGCGCGACCGGGAGCGCGAACGCGCCGAUCGCGAACGGGAGCGUGAGGAACGGGACCGCCAAGAGCGCCAGGAGCGAGCCAACCGCGAGCGAGCUGAUCGCGAACGGGCCGACCGCGAGGAGCGAGAUCGCCGGGACCGCGAAGAGCGAGAUCGCCGUGAUAAGGCCGAAAAGGACCGGGCCGAGAAGGAGAGAGCCGAACGGACGAGGGCCGAGCGAAAGCCCCAAGAACCCUCGCCCCAGUCCCCAAGCGAGCCCGGAAAGCGGCGCCCCCGUGAGCCUCGGCUAUCGCAGCUCACCGAGUCUCAGGUUAUGGAGAAGCUUCGCACCGUGGUCUCCCAAGGAGAUCCCACGGCUCUCUACGCCAAGGUCAAGAAGAUUGGCCAAGGCGCGUCCGGCUCUGUUUUCUUGGCUCGACAGAACGGCACUGGCCUCACCGUCGCUAUCAAACAGAUGGAGCUCUCGCUGCAGCCGCGAAAGGAACUCGUUGUCAACGAGAUCCUUGUGAUGAAGGACAGCCAGCACGCCAACAUCGUCAACUACCUUGACAGUUUCCUUGUCAAGAACGAGCUCUGGGUCGUCAUGGAGUACAUGGAGGGCGGCCCGCUCACCGACAUCAUCGACAACAACACCAUCACCGAACCCCAGAUUGCUGCUAUCUGUGGCGAGACCAUCAAGGGUCUUGAACACCUGCACUCCAAGAGCAUCAUCCACAGAGACAUCAAGAGUGACAACGUUCUGCUCAAUGCCGAGGGCCACGUCAAGAUCACUGAUUUCGGCUUCUGUGCCAAGCUGACCUCGGACCGUGGAAAGCGAGCAACCAUGGUCGGCACCCCUUACUGGAUGGCCCCCGAGGUUGUCAAGCAAAAGGAGUACGGCGCCAAGGUUGACGUGUGGUCUCUUGGCAUCAUGGCCAUCGAGAUGAUCGAGGGCGAGCCGCCAUACCUUGAGGAAGAGCCUCUCAAGGCACUGUAUCUCAUCGCCACCAACGGCACACCUACUCUCAAGAACCCCGAGAAGCUCAGCGCCGUCUUCAAGAACUUCCUGGGCCGCUGUCUGGAGGUCGACGUCGCGAAGCGGGCCACCAGUGAGGAGCUCCUCUCGCACCCGUUCCUGCGCAUGGCGUGUCCUCCCAGCGCUUUGACGCCCUUGGUCAAGCGCACCAAGGGCAGCAAGUAAUGCGGCUUCGAUAGGAGCGAUGCUGCUGUGUAGUUUUGUCUCUGGUUCCUCCCUCGUUGCUCCAACUAUCUUGUGAAUGCCAUCGCUGCCGAGCCCACUGUCAUCUAUUACCCCCUCCUCCCUGCACA